UCCUCGAUUCUCCGCCAACUGUCGAACAUGUCGCGCUCAUUGCUGUCCAGCCUUUGUGCCCUGCUCUGUCUAGUGGCAGUGACCAGGUCUUUGCCCUUGCAGGAGGAUGAGGCGACCAGCCAGGGCCCACGGAUUGUGGGCGGCUACGUGACGGAUGUGUCCCAGACCCCCUACCAGAUCUCGCUGCGGUACAAGGGGACUACGACGCCAACGAAUCCCUUCCGCCACAGGUGCGGAGGCUCCAUCAUCAGCAGUACGAUGGUCGUGACUGCGGCCCACUGCAUCAUUGGCACGGUGGCCAGUCAGUUCAAGGUGGUGGCCGGGACCAACCUGCUCAGCGGCACCGACGGCAUCAUCGUCUCCGUGUCGAAGAUCAUCAUGCACGAAGAGUACUUCUCUGGAGCUGCCUAUAACAACGAUAUUGCCCUGCUGAUUGUGGAUCCGCCGCUGCCGAUCAACAACUUCACCAUCAAGGCCAUCGAGUUGGCCUCGGAGCCCCCGCUGGCCGGUGCCGUCAGCAAGAUCAGCGGUUGGGGAACCACUUCCUCGGGCGGCGUUGCCUCCAACGUACUGCUAGCCGUCGAUGUCCCAAUCGUGAGCAACGAGGACUGCAACAAGGACUACGAAGACUUUGGCGAUGAUACCUACCAGAUCACACCAGCCAUGCUGUGCGCUGGCGUACGUGGAGUUGGUGGCAAGGAUGCCUGUCAGGGUGACUGGGGCAACGCCUGUGCCCUGGCCAAGUAUCCCGGUGUCUACGCCAGUGUGGCGAACCUGAGGACCUGGCUUGAUUCUAAGAUAGCGGAAGAAGCAAAUCACUGAAACAUAAAACAUCAUCUAAUCUGUAAGCACCGCUUAAUCUCAUGUCACAUGAGGUUAUAUCAAUAAAUGGGUAUUUUUUUGGCCAUGAGGUUUCCAAUUCAAAA